AUGACGCAUAAGAUCAGCUUGUUGCCUGGUGGCUGCACCGGGGGAUGUGAGGCCGAGAUGGCUACGCUGAAAGGUCGUGUGGCCCGACUGGAAAGAGAGAUGUCUGCCCUCAAAGACAAAUGUCCAUGUUCUGCAAACUGUCCAAAUGACUGUAAUGGCAAUGGGGAAUGUGAGAAGGGUAAAUGUGUCUGCCAGCAGGGAUUCAUGGGUCCAGACUGCAGUAAGUGUGCACAAGGAGCUGAGUGUGCUAGAAAAGCUGCCAAAGGAAAGGCCAAGUUGACCGUGGAAACAGUGACCCUGCAGGUGAACAAAGACAAGGAAAACAUGCAGGAGAGAACCACCAGAGUAGAGCAAACACUCUUCCAGAGGAGGGAGCAGAAGAAAGAGACUGACACUAAGUCUAAAGUGGCUACUAAUGCUAGAGUGGGUCUUGUUAAAACCCAAACAAAACAAGAUUCUGUAAAGAAAAUAACAACUAAAGACUCUUCAAGUGCCGCAAAGACCAGUCGCCCAAAUGUGGGUCAAGUUCUGUUGAGACAUGAGGGAAGGAAGCAGGAAGAGGCCCGCAAAGGCAAAACAACAGUCCUGACCUCUAAAAAGGUCCUCCAAAAACCUGACCUCAGACUUGUUAAGGAAGGAACUGCCGGUAAAACAAAUCCUAAAGCUGACCAACUGAAAGACGAACCUCAAACCAAUGUAACUCAGAGUAAUGUGAAGAAAUCUAACGGCACAGCUAAAACUGUGACCAUUCUGACCAAGAUUGUGGGAACGAACAAAACCAGAACAGGGAAGGAGAAUAUGGAGCAGUCCACACUGGCUGAGAAACGCACCAAGAAGGUCAAAGUAGACACUACAAAUGUGCAGUCUGUUGACAACAGAAACACUGAAGCUGGAAAAACUGGAAAGGCCACACAGAGGAGUCAGUACCUGGUUAAUACAACCAUUGCGGCAACAUCAGGCGAGGGUCGAAGUGUGCAGAAUAAAACAACCAUCCAUGGCUCUGGGAGUGCAAGGAGGAUGGGAGGAACCGGAUUAGGUUCUGUAAGGGUUGUAAACACCUCCUCCUACAGCUUCACUGUCACAUGGUCAGCACCACAAGGGAUGUUCAAGAACUUCACCGUGAUCAGGAGAGAGCCACGCGCAGAGGGUGAUGAAGACGACCUUGAGGAGUUUGAAGAGGAAACUCUUGAAGUCGAAAAGUUCUCCACAGCUAAGAACGCAACUGAAGUGCACGUACAGGUUGAGAGCACCAACACAACUGCCGCCUUCGGUAGAGCUGCUGGAUCUAGAGGCAGAGCUGAAACAAAGAGGAUCUCUAUGGUGGUCCCUGGCAGCGUGCGCUCUGUGGAGUUCAGUAACCUCCGGGCAAACACAGGCUAUGUUCUGCAUGUGUAUGGCACUACUGCUGAGAAGAGAUCAAAGAUUCAUAGAGUAUCUGCAAUGACAGGCCCUGAGCCAGCCACAGAGAUGGUUUUCAGCAAUGUUACAGAGUCUUCUCUCACUGUUUCCUGGUCCAAACCAAAGACCACAUUCUCAGGCAUCAGGGUCACAUACACCAACAUCAUCACAGGGGAGAGCCGCUUUGUGACCUUGGAGUCUCAGCAAUCUUAUGUGGUUCUGUCCAAACUGUCUGCUGGAUCCUCCUACAUUAUCACUGUAACUACUACAUACGGCAGAGCCCAGAGUGAUGCUCUCACAUCAGUCAUCACCACAGUGCCCGCCCCUCCAACACAUCUCCAAGUUGUCAAUGUGACUGAUACAAGAGCUUUGCUGCAAUGGACACCGAGUCUGGGGAAAGUAGACCGCUUCAUCAUCAGCUAUGAGUCCUCCAAGACUCCUAAUGUGACAGUGACAGUGAUGCUGUCUGGAAACUCAGUGGAACACCAGUUGAGAGGCCUGCAGAGAGGCACACUGUACACAGUCAAAGUCCUGAGCCAGAAGGACAGUCUCCAGAGCAUGGCCAUCUCGACCACAUUUACUACCGCUAAUGUGGCUAAAGCCAACGAGGUGGGCGCUCGUUCUGCAGUGAUCACAUGGAGGACUUCCACUGUUGUCUAUUACAGCUACAGACUGAUCUACCAGGUGGUUGGAGAGGAGGCAAAGGAGGUGAUCCUGGACCAAUCAAUCACAGAGUAUAAGCUGACAGGACUGUUGCCAAUGUCACGCUAUUAUGUUCUGGUACAAGGCGAGAGAGACGGACACUACACAUCUAUUGUUACCACAGAAUUCAUCACAGGCAAACUGCGUUUCCCCUACCCUACUGAGUGCUCUCAGGAGCUGCUGAAUGGAGCUCUGGAGUCAGGAGAAGUGGAUAUCUACCCGCAAGGAAAAGAGGGAGGAGCGGUCAGAGUCUACUGUGACAUGGAGACUGAUGGAGGCGGCUGGACGGUGUUCCAGAGGAGAAUGAAUGGAAAGACAGAUUUCUACAGAACUUGGAGUGAAUAUAGCGCCGGCUUCGGAAACCUCAGCGAAGACUUCUGGCUCGGAAAUGAGCUUCUUCACAACCUGACCAGUGUCGGCCCUGUGAGUCUGAGAGUGGAUAUGCGAUCUGGAAACGACACCGCUUACGCUCACUACGCCAACUUCUCCAUUGAUUCAGAGGAGAGGCACUAUACUAUCACAGUGUCUGGCUACACUGGAACUGCAGGCGACUCCAUGAGGUACCAUACUGGACGUCCAUUCUCAACCCGAGACAAGGACCCUGAUCCUCUGGGGAUCCACUGUGCCAGGGCCUACAUGGGAGGCUGGUGGUACAAGAACUGCUACAAGACCAACCUCAACGGUCUUUUCGGCAUCAACAGUAAUAACCAGGGAAUAGUCUGGAUAGACUGGAAAGGAAAAGACUCCUCCAUUCCCUUCACCGAGAUGAAGUUCAGACCAUCCAGGUUCUCUCCUGCAACUCAUGGCUAAAGAUACAGUCUUCAUACGUCUGACAGAGAAUUUAAGUGCCAGAAAUCCACAAAACAGUGGAUCUCACAGUUGCUGCAUGUAGCUUUCCAACUGAAUUGCAUGUACAGUGGUUUUGAUAGUUGUAACAACAGCUAUCAGUACAUUUGAUUCAAGAUUGUGUACGAUUUUUUUUUCUGAUUUUUUUCUGUUUCUUUUUUUUCUGGAAAUAUACCAAAAGAGUGGAGAAAUGUUUUAUUGCAACUUUUUGUAUCUUACUGUUCUGCCUGACCCAUCCAUUUCAACACAGUUUGUUUUUUGACUCAAAUACCUUCUUGUGCACCACCAUGGUAUGCCACACCCACUACUACUGUAAUUGAAUAUGCACUGUCUCACUCCAUUGGAAUAAAUGUGGCUAAUGUGGGUCUGAAGUGUCGUUCUUUUGGUUUUGUAAAAGCGAAUUAAAACAACCAA